AUGACGGAGGGGGAAAUGGACCCCGCACCGGAGGAUGACCCAAAUAGGGCACCCUCUCCCCUGGAGCAGAGAAUUCCACGGGAACCCCUCAGGCAAGAGGCCCCUGAGGAGAAUGUUUGCACCGUCAGCUACUCCUUUGUGUGGUGGGACUGGCCCAGGUGGGAAAGAGAAAUUGACUGGAUGGCCCUUAACGGAAUCAACCUCCCACUAGCGUUCACUGGCCAAGAAGCCCUGUGGCAAGAGGUUUUAACUCAGAAGAAGAGCUCUGAGGGCAGCGCUCAGACCUGUAAGCCUCUGAAUGAGCAGGUGGUUUCUGAGGAUAAUGUGGAAGUGUACCGGGCUCUGGGACUAAACCAGACCGAGAUUGAAGAGUUCUUCACUGGACCAGCGUUUCUUGCCUGGAACCGGAUGGCAAACAUGUACAAGUUUGGGGGGCCCCUGCCCCAGUCCUGGCAUGUCAACCAGCUGCGUCUGCAGUUCCAGAUUCUGGAGAGGAUGAGGGCGUUUGGGAUGAUCCCAGUGCUGCCAGCCUUCUCUGUGGAUUCUCAGGCCGUGUGGCUGAUGCAGGGCUGGCUGUUCUUCAGUGAUGCCAGAUUCUGGAGGCCUCCCCAGAUCCAGGCCCUUCUACACGGAGUGCCCCUAGGACGGAUGAUUGUGCUGGAUUUGUUUGCAGAGACCGAGCCCAUCUUCUCCUACACAGAAUCCUUUUAUGGGCAGCCCUUCAUUUGGUGUAUGCUCCACAACUUCGGGGGCAACAGUGGCUUCUAUGGCACAGUUGAAAGCAUCAACUCGGGACCCUUCAAAGCCCUGAAUUUCCCCAAUUCCACCCUGGUGGGCAUAGGAAUGACCCCGGAGGGCAUCGAGCAGAACCCUGUGAUCUACGAGCUCAUGAGCGAACUGGCCUGGCGCAAGGAGCCCGUCAACCUGGCCAAGUGGGCGUCUCUGUACGCGCUGCGGCGCUACGGCAGCACGCAGGAGGGGCUGGCGGCCGCCUGGAGGCUUCUGUUCAGCAGCGUCUACAACUGCACCCUGCCCCACUACCGCAACCACAACCACAGCCCCCUGGUGCGCCGGCCCUCCUUCCACCUCAACACGCAGACCUGGUACGACCCCGCGCAGCUGUUCCAGGCCUGGAGGCUGCUGGUGGAGGCGGCGCCCUCCGUGGCGUCCCAGGAGACCUUCCGGUACGACCUGGUGGACGUGACCCGGCAGGUCCUGCAGGAUCUGACCACCUCCUUUUACCAGGACAUCGCAGAUGCUUUCCAGAAGAAGAAAAUGCCGGAGCUGCUGACGGCGGGCGGCGUGCUGAUCUACGACCUGAUGCCGGAGCUCAGCCGCCUGCUCAACAGCAACCGCCACUUCCUGCUGGGGGCGUGGCUGGAGCGGGCGCGCUCCCUGGCGCUGGACGAGGCGGAGGCCCAGCUCUACGAGCUCAACGCCAGAAACCAGCUGACUCUGUGGGGCCCCAGUGGGGAGAUCCUGGACUAUGCCAGCAAAGAGUGGGGGGGUCUCAUGGAGGACUACUACGCGCAGCGCUGGGGGCUGUUUGUCCAGACGCUUGUGGAGUGUCUGGACAGUGGACUGCCCUUCAGUCAGGACAGCUUCAACCAGGCAGUCUCACAGGUGGAAAAGGGAUUCAUUUACAACAAGAGGAAGUACCCGGCCACGCCCCAGGGGGACACCUACCAGAUCGCCCACCGGAUCUUCCUCAAAUACUACCCUCAGGCCCUGAAGAGACUUCAGUGA